AUGCUUUAUGUGAGGAGGUCUGUGCGCCGAGGCGUGCAGUUCCAGCCUCAGCUGGUUCUGGUCUCGGCUGGUUUCGAUGCAGCAGUCGGAGAUCCGAAGGGGGGGAUGUGUGUGACUCCUCAGUGUUUUCACAUCCUGACUCACAUGCUGAUGAGUUUGGCAGAAGGUCGUCUCGUUCUCGCUCUCGAGGGAGGUUAUGACCUGCAGUCGACAGCAGGGGGCGCUGCAGCCUGUGUCAGAGCUCUGCUGGGAGGAGCCUGUCCUCCUCUGACCCCGCCCACUGCUCCCUCUGACAGUGCCCUGCGGUCCAUCUCCCAGGCGGUGGUGUCUCUCUCUCCUCACUGGGCGUCGCUGCAGACACUGGGAGGCGGCCCAUUGGCCGAGGGCCCCGUCGCCAGAGCGACCGCCGAGCGGCAGAGCUCAGAGCGGACGGGGGGCGCGGCUCCCUCCGUUGCCACGGUAACGGGUCUGGUUUACGACGAGAAGAUGAUGCAGCACCUGAACAUGUGGGAAAGCCAUCAUCCCGAGCAGCCUCAGAGAAUCUUUAAAAUCUUCGCCAAACAUCAGCAGCUGGGAUUGGUCGACCGUUGCCAGCGGAUACCGGCUCGCCUAGCAACAGAGGAGGAGCUGUCCAGGUGUCACAGCCAGCAGCUCAUCCUGCUCAUGGAGUCCUCGGUGCUCAUGAAGAACAGAGAUCUACACAAACUGGGUCACGAGUUCAACUCCGUGUUCUUCAGCCAGCAGAGCAACACGGCGGCUCGGCUGGCAGCCGGGGGGGUGCUGACUGCUGUGGAGAGGGUGCUGAGCGGACAGGUGAGUCGGGGCGUGGCCAUCGUUCGCCCUCCCGGUCACCACGCGGAGAGAGAUUCCCCGUGUGGGUUCUGUUUCUUCAACACGGCAGCUCUUGCCGCACGCCAUGCCCAGAACCUUUCCCAUGAUGCACCGCUGCGAGUCCUCAUCGUGGACUGGGACGUGCACCACGGCAACGGCACGCAGCACCUGUUCGAAGACGACGACAGCGUCCUGUUCAUUUCCCUCCAUCGCUAUGACAACGGGACGUUCUUCCCGUCCUCGGAGGACGCCGCCCCCGACAGGGUGGGCGUGUCCAAGGGGGCGGGGUUUAACGUCAACGUGGCGUGGAGCGGUGGGAGGAUGGGGGACUCGGACUACCUGGCGGCCUUUCACAGCGUUGUCAUGCCGAUCGCCACCGAGUUCAACCCGGGUCUGGUUCUGGUGUCGGCCGGUUUCGAUGCUGCGCGAGGAGACCCGCUGGGGGGGUACCAUGUGACCCCGGAGGGAUACGCCCACCUCACUCACAUGCUGCUGUCACUGGCCGGGGGGCGUGUCCUCCUCAUCCUGGAGGGAGGUUAUAAUUUGACGUCCAUCUCUGACUCCAUGGCGAUGUGCACCAGCGUGUUAUUAGGAGAUCCUCCUCCACCCUUGGUGAUGCCCCUCCCCCCUCCUCAUCACAGCGCCGUGGCAACGAUCAAUGAGGUCAUCCGACACCACGCCCCCUACUGGAUGUCUCUGAGGAUACGCAUCCCAGCGUCGGUGCGGUCGGCCCCGUCGGCCCCGAGGCAUCGUGGGAAACGUAGUUCUCAAGGAAAAGGCAAGAAGUCGGAGACGAGCGCACACGAACCUCCGCCGCCGCCUGCGGGGCCGGACGCCGCCCAGGCGGAGCGCGGCCUCCAGCAGCUCACUCAGGGGUUGGCCGGUCUGGACAUCGGUCAAACCUCAGCCAAUCACACGGCCGCUAUGUCCAACGUGGUGGGCGGGGCCAGGCCGAAGGUCCGUUUGAGUCAAGAAGAGGUCACAGGUGAAGGUGAAGCGACACCUGAGCAGAGCCAAUCAGCAGAGAGCACGCUGCUGCAGCCUCAGACCCCUCUGUUCGUGGUGGAGCCUCUGUCCUGGUGUCCUCACCUGGAUGCCGUUAAGCCCCUCCCCCCCUCAGGCAUAGACGUCUUCCAGUCGUGUCAGGACUGCGGCUCCAGCGCUGAGAACUGGACCUGUCUCACAUGCUACCAGGUGUUGUGUGGCCGUUAUGUAAAUGAGCACAUGGUGACUCACGGCGUUGUGUCUGAACACCCGAUGGUGCUGAGCGCCUGUGACCUGUCUGUGUGGUGCUACCUGUGUGAGUCCUACGUCCACCACCAGAUUCUGUUUGAAGCGAAAAAUGCAGCUCACUGCUGCAAGUUUGGAAAAGAGAUCCCUCCAUGGAGCUGAGAGGAGGAGGAGGAGGAGGAGGAGGAGGAGGAGGAGGAGGAAGGAGGAGGUGGUCUCCAUGAACUCUUCCUCAGAUUUCUUCAAUAAUCACAACAUGAGGGAAAAUAAUCAGCAUCAAAGAAUUAAAAUAACUUAUUAUUUUACUUUGAAGUAAUUUAUCAGAAUCGUUUAUAAGUACGUUGAACAAACAAUAAACAAGGGGUCCUGGUCUAAGGGGUCCUGGUCUGAGGGGUCCUGGUCUGAGAGGUCCUGGUCUGAGGGGUCCUGGUCUAAGGGGUCCUGGUCUGAGAGGUCCUGGUCUAAGGGGUCCUGGUCUGAGGGGUCCUGGUCUGAGGGGUCCUGGUCUGAGGGGUCCUGGUCUGAGGGGUCCUGGUCUAAGGGGUCCUGGUCUGAGGGGUCCUGGUCUAAGGGGUCCUGGUCUGAGGGGUCCUGGUCUGAGGGGUCCUGGUCUGAGGGGUCCUGGUCUGAGGGGUCCUGGUCUAAGGGGUCCUGGUCUGAGGGGUCCUGGUCUGAGGGGUCCUGGUCUUUGUUGAUGAACCUGACUGCAACUUCUAAAGUUCAGGGAGUUCAUUUGUUUGACAUCGUGCUUCAUGAAGAGAUGGAGAGAAGAAGAGAAGAAGAGAAGAAGAGAUGGAGAGAAGAAGAGAUGGAGAGAUGAAGAGAAGAAGAGAUGGAGAGAAGAAGAGAUGGAGAGAAGAAGAGAUGGAGAGAUGGAGAGAAGAAGAGAUGGAGAGAAGAAGAGAUGGAGAGAUGGAGAGAUGAAGAGAAGAAGAGAUGGAGAGAAGAAGAGAUGAAGAGAUGGAGAGAUGGAGAGAAGAAGAGAUGGAGAGAAGAAGAGAUGAAGAGAUGGAGAGAUGGAGAGAUGGAUGAAGACUUAAAUGAAGAGAUCUCAGAUUUACUUCCUCACUUUGGGUGCGUUUGAUUUUUACACCUGUGGAAUUUUAUGUGAUUGAAUGUUAAAGUUUGUUUUUAUAUUCUAUGAGCGUUUUAAUUUGAAAGUUUUUCAAUGUAAAAGGUGAUUAAGUCGGCAGGUGUCUGAGGUGCGCUUGAUUCACUGUCUGAGGUGCGCUUGAUUCACUGUCUGAGGUGCGCUUGAUUCACGAGAUCAGAGCUGUGUGUUUAUAUUGUUUUAUAACUAUUACUGUGUGUGUGUGUAGAACGUUCACGUCUUCGCCUGAACAAUAAAUAAUCGUUUGAACAUUUG